AUGCUUCUUAUUCUUACAAUACUCUGUGUCGUCCUUAUUAAAGGAGUAGAUGCACAAAUCUUGGAUCUGAACUGUACACACAUGGUUGCUGGUGUAGCUAAAUAUUCUCAGUCGGCGGUUAAUUGCAAUAAUAGGAUUUCCGACGCUGCUUGCCUCGUCAUCUACACGGAUGCAGUGAAAGCGGAUGAUGGUACCGAACGGAAUGCAAAAUGUGCAGGAGAUCCUGUAAAUCCUCAACUAGUUCAAGCAGCGAUAGAUAUUUGCCCCAAAACAUGUGGAUACUGCUGUCUUACACCGGCCUUUAUGUGCCAAAAUAAAUUGCAGCCGCGAGUCCCAUGCUCAUCAGUGACAGAGGAUAUGUGCGAAAAUGCCUAUUGGAAACCUAUUCUCGAAGAGGAUUGCCCAAAAACGUGCGGUCUCUGCACCGCAGGUUCUUGUGUCGAUGAAGCACCCGGUUGCGGUUUGGACAACGCAUUCAUCUGUCAGAGUAAAAAUCUGCAAGCUUUCGUACAAUACUCUCAAUCGGCGGUCAAUUGCAACAACAGAAUUUCCGAUGCUGCCUGUCUUGUCAUCUACACGGCUGCAGUGAAAGCGGAAGACAAUACAGAUCGAAAUGCAAAAUGUGAUGGAAAUCCUAAUGUGAAUCCUCAACUAGUUCAAGCAGCGAUAGAUAUUUGCCCCAAGACGUGUGGAUACUGCUGUCUUACACCAGCUUUUCUGUGCCAAAACAAAUUGCAACCGCGAGUGCCAUGCUCAUCCGUGACACAGGACAUGUGCGAGAAUCCGGCUUGGAAAACUAUUCUUGAGGAGGACUGCCCCAAAACAUGCGGUUUCUGCAAUUCAGGUUCUUGUAUCGAUGAAGCACCUGGCUGCAACUUGGGAAACGCGAUCAUUUGUCAGAGUAAAAACUUAGAAGCAUUUGCAAAGAAAUACUGCAAGAAGACGUGCGGAUAUUGCAACGAUGGAACGACCACCACAUCACCGAGCCCAUUCAAUCGAGUGACAUCGGUGGUUAGUGUAAUAGGCAACAUGUGGCUGUUCCAUUUCAAUCGACAUUUUUUUCAGUACUCUCAAUCGGCGGUGAAUUGCAAUAACAAAAUUUCCGACGCAGCCUGCCUUGUUAUCUACACGGAAGCAGUCAAAGCGGAAGACAAUCAAGAUCGGAAUGAAAAAUGUGCAGGAGUUCCAGUAAAUCCUGCACUGGUUCAAGCUGCAAUAGAUAUUUGUCCCAAGACUUGCGGAUACUGUUGCCUGACACCCGCUUUCAUGUGUGAAAACAAAUUGCAGCCGCGAGUCCCAUGCUCAUCAGUAACACAGGAUAUGUGUGAAAAUCCGGUAUGGAGAACUAUUCUUGAGGAGGAUUGCCCCAAAACAUGCGGUUUCUGUAAUUCAGGUAUGCUCGGAUUCCUACAGUAA